AUUUAACUCAUAUGACGUUGGGCUGAGACUUUAACAACACUGCACUUGUUCAACUGAAGAAGCGGCACUUUCAGUCUCCGAUGGGUAUGUUUAUGUUCCCAUCCCUAGUUUAUUAUCCACUUCUCUUCCUGGGUUUUACUGAAACAAUCUCUAUCAUUCCUUCUUCUUUCUUUUAGUUUUCGGUGUAAUUUCACGAUCUUGUUGUAGGAGAUAGUUUCAUACAUAUAACAAAUCUUAUCUUGAAAAAAGUUGUGCAAGAAAUUUGAUAUGGAAGUGUUGCUCAGCACAUUUCCUCCCCUUAAUUUCUUAAGCUCCUCCGUUUUUUCUCACAAAACAACUCCCACUAUCAAAUUUCCAUCUGGGGUUUUAACGCCAAAACUUAAUGUUAGCCAUUUUCGGGGAAGUUGUGUAAAUUCUGAUGCCCCUAUCGUCAAGAGCUCAAUCAGUAUAGAGUUUGGCCACGAAAUUGGAGAUUCUAGAGGUAAUGGCGACAAUAUGGAGUGGGAAGGGGAAUUGCUUCAAGAGCUUGACCCUUUGGGGUUUCAACCACCGAAGAAGAAGAAAAAACAGAUGAAAUCGAAGCUUCUUGAUGACACUGAGGGGAUGGACUGGUGCCUGAGAGCUAGGAAGGUCGCUCUUAGAUCUAUCGAGGGAAGAGGCCUCGCUUCUACCGAGGAAGAUCUGUUUUCUGUGAAGAAGAAGAACAAAAAGAACAAGAAGAAGAAGAAGAUUAUGGGAAGUAAGGAUAAUGGGGUUAAUACGAAAGGUGAUGUCAUUGAGGAAUCCCUGGAGUUUGAUUCAGAUGAGGAUUUGGAACUGGAUAUGGAUUUGGAUUUGUUGGAUAGUUUAGCUAUUAAUGACAGUAAUCAUUUGAGUAAGAGUGUGAGCAUAAUGGGUGGUGGGAUGUUUGAACAAAGGAAGGAAAAGACGAUGGAGGAAUUUAUUCAAAGAUUGUCCAAAUUCUCGGGGCCAUCAGAUCGUAAAAAGGAAGUCAAUUUGAACAGAGCAAUUAUAGAAGCGCAGACUGCUGAUGAAGCUUUAGAGGUUAUUUCUGAUAUGAUACUUGCUGUUGGGAAAGGAUUGAGUCCUUCCCCUUUAUCUCCUUUAAACAUUGCCACAGCACUUCAUAGAAUUGCUAAGAAUAUGGACAAAGUUUUGAUGAUGAAAUCACAUAGGUUAGCUUUUGCUCGUCGAAGAGAAAUGUCUAUGCUGGUUGGUAUUGCCAUGACAACAUUACCAGAAUGCUCAGCACAAGGCAUCUCCAACAUUGCUUGGGCAUUGUCCAAGAUUGGAGGUGAUCAACUUUAUUUGUCGGAGAUGGAUAGAGUUGCAGAAGUUACCUUGACCAAGAUAGAGGAGUUGAAUUCUCAGAAUGUUGCUAACAUUGCUGGAGCAUUUGCUUCAAUGCAACAUUCUGCUUCUGACCUCUUCUCUGGAUUGGCAAAAAGAGCAUCAGAUAUAGUUGAUACCUUUCAUGAACAGGAACUAGCUCAGGUAUUAUGGGCUUUUGCCUCUUUAAAUGAGUCUGCUGACCUUUUGCUGGAAUCUUUAGACAAUGUUUACAAUGAUGCAAGUCAAAUUACAUGCUAUCUUAGUGAACAAACAGUAAAUAGAAAUCAAGAAAGCACUGUUGGUGUCAGUAACGAUCUUGAAUCAGAUGGAGCUGUAGGCUUUCCAGUGCUCAAAUUUAAUCGGAAUCAGCUAGGAAAUAUAGCUUGGUCUUAUGCUGUAUUUGGGCAAGUGGACCGAAGUUUCUUUUCCCACAUUUGGAGAACCAUAAGCUACUUUGAGAAGGAAAGUAUUUCAGAGCAACAUAGGAAUGAUAUCAUAUUUGCUUCUCAACUGUGGCUUGUGCAUUACUGCCUGAAGCGGGAAUAUUCGCAUCUUCAGUUAUCUUUAAGCGUUGAUCUCGAGGAGAAAGCCAUUCUUGCUGGCAAAACUAAGAGGUUCAAUCAGAAAACAACAUCAUCAUUUCAGAAAGAAGUAGCCCGUCUUCUUGUAAGCACAGGCCAUGAGUGGACCAGGGAAUAUGUAUUUGACGCUUACACUUUAGACGCAGUUAUAGUCGAUAAGAAGGUUGUUUUGGAGAUUGAUGGUCCAACACAUUUCUCAAGAAACACAGGUAUACCUUUGGGACACACUGUGCUGAAACGCCGUUACAUAACUGCUGCAGGCUGGAAGGUGGUAUCAUUGUCUCACCAGGAGUGGGAGGAACUACAAGGCGAGGUUGAGCAAUUGAACUAUCUACGAGAAAUCCUCAAAGAUCACAUAGAUUUAAGGUAGUAUGAAUGAUGAAUAGCCCUUAGGAAAGAUAAUUUGUUGUGUGCUCGAACUCCAAGGACAAUGAAUCUUGAUUUCUACAGAGUGUUUCUUGCUAUGUGAUUGAACACAUACCACACAAAUGCUUGUAUUUAGAAUUAAAAUCUUAAGAACCAAAUGUGUUGAGACUUAUUUGAGAGGUUCUGAAAUCUGCAAAUCAUGAGUUCCAUGCCUCUACAUGGAGUGCUACGUCUGUAAGCAUUUAUUUUGAGUGCCAAAGUAAAAGUUACUAAUGCCUAAGUUUGGGUAA